AUGUCUGCCCUCUUCACUCUCCCUAUCGCGCAGUGUGGCGCUCACCCUGGCGGUACCCUCACUUGUACUGAGCCCUCACCAAGAGUCUACCUGCUCACCCUCGUAUCGCCCCCCGACAACCGUCUCACAACGCCUGUCCUCAAUGCCUUUCUCAACGCGCUAGACAUAAUCGAGUUUGGAUACCCUCACGGUGUUGUGGCAACAACAUCAGGAAUUCAAAAGUUCUACAGCAAUGGGCUUGAUCUUGAACAUGCUGUUGCUACUGAAGGUUUCUGGCAUUUGCUGUAUAAUGUUUGGAACCGCUUCUUGACAUACCCCAUGCCUACAGUGGCUCUUAUGAACGGUCACGCCUUUGCAGGUGGUCUCAUGCUCGCCACAUCUCAAGACUACCGUUUGGCUCCCUCUCCACGCGGCUUCCUUUGUCUCAACGAGCUUGUCUUCGGUGCUCCUCUCAAGCCCGCCAUGUCAGCUCUGUUCCGCGUCAAGUACUCCCACGCAACGUAUCGCAGCCUUGUUCUUGAAGCCAAGCGCUUCUCAGGCGAGGAUGCUGUGGCAGCCGGUAUUGCCGACGAUAUUGCGCCGCAAGGUGUGGAAGACCUUCUUCGCUUUGUCAAAGAGAAGGAGCUUAUUGACAAGAGCAAGUCGGGUGUCUAUGGCGUGCUCAAGAUGGAGAUGUAUGCAGGUUUGAUUGAGUUCAUGAAGGGCCCAGCUAUGGAGGCACAUGAGAAGAGGUUCGACGACGCGCAGGCGAUGGAGGGAGAGAGGAAAGAGUUUGGAAAGGUUUGGUAUGAACAGUGGUUGAAGGAUGUCAAGGCAAAACUGUAG